UUGUUCGGUCCGUUUAUGUUGUUGCUUUUGUUUAUGGUCGGCAUUUGUACAAAGCAGAUAGUUAUUCUUGCCACUGUUUUGACUGACUCGCGGUUAGUGUUUAUGUUGUUAUUGUUGUUGCUGUUUUCUUUUGCUGUUUAUCCGCACACUACUUAUUGAGUACGGCUAAACGAGUAUUAAAGCAAGCAGCCGAAGAAGAGGCCACAAACGCCGGUGUAAACGUCUGUCUAUAGAUACAGAUACUUAUUAUCGUAUUGUCGUAUCGAUAAAUGUAUGUUUAAGUGUAUGUGUUACUGAGAAUAUGCGUGUGUUAAACCAAAAGUCAACAAAAAUAAUAACAACAUUCAUGCCAGUGUGUCUGUCUAUCCGCUUUAGUGUCUGUCUGUCCGUACGUCCGUCCAACAGCUUAACAAAUAUUUAAUACGAAAAUACAAAACAAAAAAAAUUACUCGCAGCACGGAAUAUCGCGUAGCGCACGGCAUUGAACACGUUGUGAUGAAUGAGUGAGUGAGUGUGUGUGACGUGUUGUCCAUACACGUUUUCUAUAUGGUCUCGGUCUCAGGGCCCAUAAAACGUUUGUAUAUGAUAUUGUUUUCGGUUUGUUUUUGUUUUUGUAUGGCUAUGGAUGGAGAGUACCAAAGUACAAAAGCAACAAACAAUAUAAUUGUAUCUCUCACCCAACACUUAAUUGACGUUUUUAUAAGUCGGAAUUUAUCGCAAUUGCUUUGUGUUGCAGCGCCAACCAUAAAAUACUUACAAUCAAAUAAACAACAGCAACAACAAUCAGAAGAAGGGCGCGCGCUACUUUUAUAAAUAGAAAUAUUAUUGAUGUAUUGAAAGAACUACUUAAUCUAUAAAAAAACAAAAAGUUUUAUAAACGGAACUGUGCAAUUCCACAAUACAGAGGCUUAAGUUAAAUAAUUCCAAAAACAAAUCAACAACAAAUAUCUUUUAAAACUAAAAUGCAACUUAUAGAAGAUGAAUGUCAAAACUCCACACAACAACAAACAGUUACAACACAAGUUAAACAACAGACAUCCAGUGCAACACAACAUAAAAUGGAUAAAUUUUAUCCGCCAAAACCGAAAAUCAACGCAUUUAAUGAGUUGUUCACUUGUUAUUUGUGUCAAGGCUAUAUGAUAAAUCCCACAACAAUAGAUGUUUGCGCGCAUACCUAUUGUCGCAGUUGUAUAGCGCGACAUUUGGCAGUCGAAUGCUAUUGUCCGCAGUGUGGCAAGCCCAUUACCACUACAAAUCUUCAAUCUGAUGAUGUUUUGCGUUCGAUUAUAUAUAAACUGGUACCUGGUCUCUAUCAAAAGGAACGCGAACGUUUAGUGCAAUUUGUAAAUAAUAAGAAAAAUGAGGGAAAACUGAUUGGAUCCACAGAACAGAGCUUAAAUGAAUUGCUAGAGAGCGAUGAUGAGCUUUUCUCACCUACCGAUCCCAUCAGUUUGUCACUUGAAUUUCAUCCAGUAUUGGCGGAACAGUGUCCCGAAGGAACGGUGCCACCCGUACGCUAUUUGCAAUGUCCGGCUAGUGUUAAAGUUCAGCAUUUGAAACGGUUUUUAUGCUCGAAAUUCGAAAUAGAUCCUUGCAAUCGCCGUGUAGGCAUCGAUAUCAUUUACGAGGAUGAAGUUCUACCCAGUGAUUUUACUUUAAUGGAUGUUGGCUACUGUUAUAAAUGGCAGAGGCAUGCUCCCUUAAAGCUUACUUAUAGAAUUCUCAUAUAUGAUGAAGAUACAAACUUAACAUCCGACAAUAGUUUUGUAUCGGAAGAUAAAAUUUUAGAUAAAUCUCCUAAAUCUUGUUUAGACAAAUCACCAUCGGCUACUUUAAAUGCCAGUAAAACGGUUUCAUUUGCUGACAACGCACGGCAGAUCACCGUGAAUGGUGAUAAAGAGCAAGCGAAAGCUAGCAUUCUCUCAUCACCCACCACAUCGUCUCCUCCGCAGUUGACCAAAGUAAAAUCUUCGAAAUCUUCUUCGAACAAACACUCAACGUCUCAUGCCACAUCAUCAAGCCUAGAAGUACCUGUAAAAGUAACAAUAUCACGCAAACCAACGGAAAGUAAAAAAUCGGUUUCAAAAAAAUCAUCUUCCGCAGAUGAUUUUGCAAUGCCCACCACUACCAGUGAUUUUAAGAGUUUACGUAGUAAUGAUAUACGUUUUUGUGAUUAUGCUAUAACAUCAUCCACCACAAACACCAGCUAUUCCAAUAGCCAUAAUACAUUGGCUAACAACUCCGUACAAACGACAAAAAAAGAAAAGCCGCUGGCCAUUAAGGAGGAAAAGCCGGCAAAAUGUGAUAUUGUAGUAAGUAUUCCUCACAAUCAAAUGCAGGAAGAAUGGGAAUCGAAACCUUUGUCUCAGCUCAAGACAGCUAGUAAAAAGUCUCCGAAUUCCUCGGCAAUUGAAGUGGCACCACCACCCACCAAGAAAGUUAGAAAUGUACCAAAACUCAAAAUAGAAUUGAAUAGUUUAAAAACGAAGUUAAUAGAAAAACCUAAAUCGGCUGAUAUACGUUUGGAUACAUUAAUGUUGAAACAACAUCGUCCACGUAAAUUCUCACUAGAUGAACCUCAACCCGUAGUGGAUAAGGUAGAUUUAGAGACAUAUGUAAAACAAAUUGGUUUGAAACCCAUAGAAGUACAAACAACCAGUACAUUAGAGACUCCCGAUAAAUUCACACCAAAUGCCUCGCCCAUGUCGUCAAGCUCAUCUACCACCUCCUCUUCAACGGGUAAUUUUAAUUUUAACUGUAGUGCAGAUAUUACUUCCUCCUCGUCGUCUUCUUCGCACAAGAAACGCAAGAAAAAACAUUCCAAAGACUCUCGCGAGUCCAAGGAUUCGAAAAGAAAGAAAAUGCAUGCCGAAAUAUCAUCUCAUUCGGCAGAGGAAAGUUUAAAAAUGAAAGUUAAACUUACACCCUCUAUAAAUUUGAAGUCCUUAAAAUUGGAAAGCAAGAAGUCACCACCUUUUAACAUGGAGCGCGUAGCAGAUCCUUUGGCAUUUGAGAAGCCCAAAUCUCCCAGCAGUAAAAUUGAGAGAAACGAUUUUGAAAAAUCCAAGUCACCCGAAGGUAAAAGCCAUGAACGUUCAAAGGAAAAAUCAAAGCCCCGUUCGUCUGAAAGCAAAAAAUCGAAAUCUCUAGAUAGCAAAUCAUCCCAAGACAGCAAAAAAUUAAAAGAUUUUGCGAAAUCUAAACCUUUAGAAAUCAAAAUAUCUUUAAGUAAUACCACGAGUAAGCCAUUAUCAAAAGAGUUCGAUGAUGAUGAGGACUUGAUAAUACCUGAUUCAACUUCUUUUGGCUUAAGCAAAUCAUUAUCCUCUAUAAAGGAAACAACGUUGCCACACUCUCCUCCAUUGCCGCCAAGUUUAUUUAAAACCACACCUUUGACCUUUUCGACUUUUUCUCCCAAUGUAACGACUGUGGCCAAGCCAAAACCAGUUGCAAUGCCAAAAGAUUCUAAAGAUAAGCCAAAAACUCCUCAUAUGAAACCAAUAGCUCCUAAGCCCAUAGCAGCAAAGCCAGUCACACCACCAUCAUCAACAACAUCAUUUAAAACGCCACACUUUGUAGUUCCUAAUCCUCCACGUUUUAUGGCCUCAAACACAACAAAGUUCCUUUCAACACCAACCUCAAUCGCCAGUGCGGCUAAUAAGCACAUGGGUAAUCUACUCAAAAGGUCCAUUUCAUUAGAUGACAACAAAAACUCAGGACCUCUAAACAAGCAGCAAAGAUUAGAAAAACCCAAUCAAAUUACAGUUAGUGCCUACGGCAGUAACCUACACAUGACCAAAGUUGAAAUACCAGCCACACCAACAUCCUCCACGGCAAAGGCCACAUACGAAAUUCCUCUGUACUCUCCCCUCUCCGCCUCGUAUAAUCCAAAAUGUUCAUUUAGCGUAAACUCCACGACCGCAGCGGCUAAAAGUACAACAAAGUCUACAUUACAAAACCCAAUGACCUCCAGUGCAUCACCAGUCCCAACAGCCAAACACACAUUCACCGCAAAUACUGCGUCAACCAACAAAACCGAUAUGGAAGUUAAAAAAGCCACAACUAAUGAUAUUAAGCCUUCUGCCGCUACGGCCAACAAUAACAACAAAACAAAACCUACGUUAACAACAUCUAUGACAACUCUAAUGGGCCCACCUAUGCCAAUGCACAAGUUAAACUCUAGUUUAACUGUGGUACCAACAGCAGUGAAGUCACCUCCUCUCAGUACUGUCCUGCCAUUUGCCUCCACAUCAUCGUCAUCCUCCUCAUCCUCAUUAAACUUAACACCAACAGCCCAACAACAUACUCCUGUGUUGAAUACAGCUUACCUCUCUUCACCACUCUCCAUGGUGAAUUAUCGACAGAGUAAGGUUCUCUUGGCUCAUGUCAAACCAACGAAUUUACCAGAAAUGAAAAUAGAAAAAACAACUUCAACUACAACUGCAGUAGCGGCUGCAGCAGCGACAACAACAGUAGCUGCCACAGCAACAGCGACAACAAAAACACCAGUAGCCACAACAAAUGGGUUGGCAACAGAAAAAGCUAAAAGUAGUCUAAGACAAUUUAGAUUGCCCUCUAGGGACUCUGGACAAGAUAUACUGGAUUUAUCAGCCUCAACAAAAACAUCCACAAAUGGUGUGACGGAAAAACAGGCUUUCAAAACAACAACUACCCCCAUACCAACCAACACCACAACAGCAACAACAUCAGGCAGUACCCUAGAAAUGGCUUUAAAUAAAAUCAAACAAAAUAUGACCAGUACUACCACAACUGCAAACUCCUCCAACAACAAUUCGGCAAAUGCCAUUGAUCAUGUUAUUAAAAAACAGGAACUACUUUCACCCAUUUCCGAUGAUUUGCAAAACUUGCAUUUACUGUCAGAAUCAGCUACAGCCAGAGAGAAAAUUGCCAUUAGCACAUCGACCACGACCAGCUCCUCGUCAACGUCUUUGUAUGAAAAAGCGAAAAUAACUCAGAAUUCUUUGGUCAGACAACAAAACGCCUCUGUGCGUAAUAUACCAAAUCCUUCGGCAUUAGCUUUUCGCAAUCAACAACCAGCAACAAUCAUUCCACCCAUGGUCACUAUUGCUGCCGGUUUGGCAACAUCUUUAACCGACCUCGAUAAACCUCUACUUCUCAAAACGCCUUCACCACCCAAAUCACCUCACUCACCCAACUGUUCUACCUCCUCUACAUCACCUUCACGUAAUGCCAGCAAGAAACACCCUUCCAUCGAUCAAGUGGCAGCCAGUUUAAAUCAGCGUGCUUCAGCGGCAGCAGAAGCCAAAGCCAAACACACCGAUGAAACGUCCUUGGUAACAUCUACUUCAUCAUCGCUAUCGGAUAAGUUGGAAAGUAAGAAAGAAAUAAAACAGGAAACUACAGAAACACCGGCACAAAGUGAGGCGGCAAGUGCUGCUCAGCCCUCGUCUACGGUUGGUUCGUGUCCUCUUAGUGUGAAUGUGCUUGACAUUAAAAAGGAACCAGAAGAGAAAAUGGAGGAAGUGUCUGAAAUAAAACCAGCUUUUAUGAAUGCAUCCACUAAAAAAUCCUCAAUGAUUGAAAAUUUAGUGACAUCGGUAAUUAAUGUGUCAACGUCUACAUCUACUCUAUUGACUGCUGGUACGGCUGCUGGUUUUUGAAGGAGUUAGUAAAGUUACUGCCUGUUACUUCUACUGAAAGUUCUACUCAGGUAAUUCUUCUCUAAACAACAACAAAAAUAUCAAGUCGAUCGAUGUUUUCAUGCUUUGAUUAUGUUAUAUGGAAUCAAUGUUGAAACUAAACGUGUGUAACCCCCCCCCCCACCAGACAUCAUCUGAUGAUGCAUGAUAAUAAGACAAACAAAAAUUAUUGUACCGAUAAUUUUGCAAAUAAAUUCCCACAGUAUAUUGACAGCAGACGAAUAGAUAUGCUAAAAUAAGCAAAAAUAAGAAAAUUAUGGGAAUGAAGAAUGAAGAAAAAACAAUAGUGUUUAUGAAUGAUGAUGAUGCUGCUAUCAUUAUUAUUAAAAUUGAAUAAAGAAAUACAAAAGGAAGCCAGAGAGAGUUGAAAGAAAACGCAAAUUUACCUUAAUGACGGCAUUAAACGUAUUUAAAUUUUAGAAAUUUUCUAAAAAAAGAACGGAACUUUUGUCAGACAAUUUCAUCACAUCAAGCAACUACGGGUUCAACCACAACAACAGCAGUAAAUUGCUUGGAAAAUGAAUAAUUUCAAUCAAGGAAUGAUUUUGAAAUGGUAAGAGUUUAUUAAACUAAAAUUCUCCAAAAAAAUAAAACGAAAAGAUUUAAAGUGCAAUAGAAAAAUCAUUUAAAAUGGUUUUUUAACAUAUUCGUUAAUACAAACACACACACACACACAAAUUAGUAAAUUACUAAACUUAUUGGUAUUAAUAAAUGUAAAUAAAUUUGUCAAAUUUAUUAAUAAUACUUUACUUAUACGAGGAUAGUUUAAUAAUGUUUUCCCAAAUUUUCAUUUUAUUUAACAUUUAGCCGGGUUAUAAAGUUUUUAAAUAUCUUUCGUAACAUAUUAACAUCUUACAACUGACAAAUUUUUUUCGCAUACAAUGCUACAACAACCGAUGUUGUAGCAUUGUAUGUGUUGUUUGUCAGCAGCUGCUACAAUAUUCAUAACAAUGUUGUUGGUAUUUUCUAUGCAAAAGCUCUAUACGACUCAUACGACAAUUUUAAUAUAUUUGUUCAAUUCACAAUCGAUG